AGCCCAGAGAGAGAGAGAGAGUGGUGUGUGGUGCAGUGGGCCAUUGCCAUUGCUGUUGAUUCUCUCGCUCUUCGCGCUCUCUCUCUCUCUCUCUCUCUCUCUCUCUCUCUCUCUCUCUCUCUCUCUCUCUCUCUCUCUCUCUCUCUCUCUCUCUCAUAUGCACCUAAUUUUGACGAGCUAGAGAGAGAGUGGAGAUGCAGAUGCUCAUCAGGUUAAAGUGACGGAUUGUCGAUCAGCGAUUUGUCGGUGGGGCGGCCAUGGCCGUGGAGCUCAUCAUGGGUGGUGCUUACACCAAUGGAAGCUUUGCUUCGGAAGCCAACGUGGCGCAGGAAGCAGCUUCGGGGCUACAGAGUGUGGAGAAGCUUAUUAGAUUGUUCUCGUCGCAUCAGAAGAAGGACGGUGGUGAUGAUGAAAUUCAGGAUUCCGGCCGCCGGGAAAUUGAGAAAUUGGACUACGUGGCGGUGGCGGAUACGGCGGUGUCGAAGUUCAAGAGAGUGAUUUCUCUCCUCGGCCGGACCCGGACCGGCCACGCCCGGUUCAGGAGGGGACCGGUUUCCGUUUCGCUUUCUCUCUCGCCCGAUUUGUCUUCCACUUCGCCGAAUUCCGUGCUGCCGCCGAGCACGGCGGCGGCGACGGCGGAGCAGAAACGCGCUGAAGGUCUCGGCGGGGCGAAAGUCUACUGCCCCACCCCAAUUCAGCAGGUGGCUCCGCCGGACUAUCAUCAGAAGCUGCUGGAGAAUUUGAAGGAAUCUGCAGGGGCGAAAACGAUCAAUUUCUCUUACUCGCCGGUGAUUUCUCGUGCCAAUUCGUUUAUUUCUUCGUUGACCGGCGGCGAGCCGGAGAACAAGCAGCAGCAGCAGCAGCCGUCUUCCUCGUCGGCAUUUCCGAUGACGAGCAAUCUUUCUCAGGUCUCCAAUUACAACUCCGCCGGAAAACCCCCACUGUCGUCUUCCUCCUCCUUCAAAAGGAAAUGCAAUUCCUCCGAUAACGCCGUCUCCGGCAAGUGCAGCGGCUCCUCCAGCCGGUGCCAUUGCUCCAAAAGGAGCAGGAAGCUGAGGCUUAAGAGGGUAAUUAGGGUUCCGGCGAUCAGCAUGAAAAUGGCGGACAUCCCGCCGGACGAUUACUCCUGGAGAAAGUACGGCCAGAAGCCAAUUAAGGGAUCUCCACAUCCACGGGGUUAUUACAAGUGCAGCAGUGUAAGAGGCUGCCCGGCCCGAAAGCACGUGGAGCGGGCCGUGGACGAUCCGACCAUGCUCAUCGUCACCUACGAAGGCGAUCACAACCAUUCCCUCACCAUUGCCGAAACCCCGAGCACCAUGAUCCUCGAGUCGUCCUAGAUUGUUUGUUUCUGUCUAAUUCAUCAUCAUCCAUCCAUCCAUCUUGCAAUGAUCUUGAUCAUAUUAGCUAGGCUUUAGACACUAAUUGGGAAUGUCUAGUCUCGAAGGAGACGAUCGAUGAUCCGCCAUGGUUGGUUGAUUAGUGUUGGCAUUGUUCCAUGCUCUGUUUGAAUUUUCAUGUUUCUUCUCAACAUUCAUUGCGUGAAUUUCUUUUUUCUUAAUCAAACAUAGUUUUCAUUG